UUUGUGCUUGAUUUGAAGACGCGCAAGUGACGUCAUGCAUAAAUUAUAUAAGUGCUAUUUUUAUUCAUUUGGUGUUUUUGGAAUGGUUCAAACCGCGUGGUCAAAGUUUGAAGUUUCGCGGACAUAAAUCAGUCGUAAAGAUCGCGUGAUUGCUUUGCCAGACGUGGAAAGGUUCAGUUUAGGAAUAGGAAUUCCAGUCAGAGUGAGGGUCUUAUUCAAUAAUCAUGGAACCACAAGAAGAAGUUGCGAAGUCAGCAGAGGAGAUCCUUGCAGACUUCCCUCCUGGACCCUUAGAUGUUUACAGAGAGAGGGCCUCGUUUUCUUGGAAGAGUAUGGCAGAAUAUAUUGAUGGACGCGAUAUCCUUAACUUUAAGUAUACAAUCUGGAGGACACUGGAGAAGGAUCCACUUUUUGCACACACCUAUGAGUCACUUCCGAUUGAAAAGCUGCGGGAAGUGACAUUCAGAAGAGCAAAGCGCCUAUUUGAGUAUAACUUUGUCACAGAGGACCAGGCAAUGGCCAGCCCUCUCAAGGCCAAACAUCUUACUGAAAGUCUGGGAAUGUAUGAUUGGUCGUUGGCAGCAAAGUUCCUUUUGGAUUAUCAGAUGUUUGGUGGUACUGUGAGAAGUUCAGGAUCAAAAAGACACAAUAAAUAUGUCAAGAUGUGCCGAAAUUUUGAGAUCUUUGGCUGUUUUGCUUUGACUGAGCUUAGCCAUGGCAGUAACACGAAGGCUAUGAGGACCACUGCCCAUUAUGAUCCAAAAACAGAGGAAUUUGUCAUCAAUACCCCAGACUUCGAGGCCACUAAAAUUUGGUCAGGCAACAUGGGAAAAACAGCCACACAUGCUGUUGUUUAUGCUCAGCUGUAUACUCCUGAUGGAACCUGCCAUGGCCUGCAUUCAUUUGUCGUUCCCCUCAGGGAACCAGCGAGCCUACAGAUGCUGCCUGGUGUGAUGGUGGGUGACAUGGGACCCAAGCUAGGACAGAAUGGUUUAGACAAUGGUUUUGCUGCGUUUAACAGUCUAAGGAUACCAAGGGAGAAUCUGUUAAAUCGAACUGGUGAUGUGACUCCACUGGGAAAUUAUGUUACCCCAUACAAGGAUCCCAACAAGAGAUUUGGUGCCUCCCUGGGUGCCCUUUCUGGAGGCCGUGUCGGCAUCACUGGCAUGUGUGUGGCCAACCUGAAGAUGUGUGUUCCAAUCGCGAUCAGAUACUCAGCUGUCAGGAGGCAGUUUGGUCCGCCAAAUAAGGAGGAGAUAGCAGUGCUGGAGUACCAGCUCCAGCAAUGGAGAUUGAUUCCUUAUCUGGCUGCUACUUACGCUCUAGAAACCUUCAGCCGGGCGUUCUACAUGGAUUUUGUCUCAUUACAAGUGGGUAUGAUUAUGGGAGACAAAUCUGAGCGACAAGCCGAAUUGGGGAAGGAGAUCCAUGCAAUAUCAUGUGCAAGUAAACCCCUCGCUGGUUGGACUGCUCGGGAUGCAGUACAGGAGUGUAGAGAGGCUUGUGGUGGGCAUGGAUUCUUUAAAGUGAACCGACUGGGAGAGAUACGAGAUGACAACGAUCCAAACUGCACCUACGAGGGCGACAACAACGUCCUGUUACAACAGACCAGCAACUACUUAUUGAGUUUCUACGAGGCCAAGAUUAAGAAUAAUGUACCAAUACAGUCGCCAUUGAAAAGCGUUGAUUUCCUCAAUGAACAGGAGGUGAUACUGAAGCAGACAUUUCAACCAACAGGAAAAACACUUCAAGCAGACGAUGCUCUUCAUGGGUACAAGUGGUUGGUCAGCUACCUGCUGAAGCUGAGUUACGCCAAAGUGAAACAGGAGUUAGGGAGUGGCAAGGAUGCCUUCACGGCCAAGAAUGACAGCCAGGCAUACUAUUGUCGUAGUUUAGCUAUUGUUUAUAUUGAGCACUUGGCGUUGCAGGGCUUCUUUGACCGAUGUUGUGCCGAAGAGACCCCGGUAGAAUUGAAAACAGUUCUCAUGCAGCUCUGUGAUCUCUAUGGGCUGUGGUCAAUUGAGAAACACUUGGCUACUUUAUAUCAAGGAGGCUACUUGAGCGGCCCAGAGCCCUCGCAGAUGAUCCGCCAGAGAAUAGUUGACCUCUGCUCGGACCUCAAAUACGAUGCCGUAUCUCUCGUCGAUGCCAUGGCACCGCCAGACUUCGUCUUGAACUCGCCCAUCGGAAACUCGGAUGGUCAGAUUUACAAAAACCUCUACUCUGCAAUGCUGCAGACUCCGAAUGCAUUAGAGAGACCUACUUGGUGGAAGGAGUUUAUUGAGAAACCCGUGGUUGGAGGAUUAACAAAGGCCAAAUUAUAGACAGUUACGUCUGAUACCUGCGCUAUGCUCCUACUUAAAAAAAGAGGUCCUGUUUCAUUUGUGCUAUACAGGGGUGGACUUGAAAAUGCCAACAUUCAGUAGAAUGUGUGUGUCUCUUUAUUAGGACUACAUGUGGUUACAUUGAGUUGAAUGUCUUUUUUCAUUUUCUGUUGGACCCCUCAGCCACUCUCCAUGCAGAAACUCUGUAACCAGACUUAAGAGAUUGUUCCGCAUAAAUUCUCGCUACCUCUUCUGUGUUUACUCUUUUUCAUGAAUAAGAAAUAUAAACUUAUUACUGCUUCCAUUGUCAAAGGCAAGAAUGUAUUCGGUAUUAAGAACAAGGUGCUAUUUCAACUGACAUACAUGAGAGAAUUUUAGGAAAUCAAUCAUGGAACUAAAAUCUUUGUAUGAAUUUGUUAACUAAUUUGACGGUGUAUGAGCCCUUUUCAAAAAGGUUUCAAUACUUUGCUGUAGGUCUGUGGUUGCCUAUCAUGACCACUGGGAUAGACCUUAGAUGACAUCCAAAACGUUCAGCCACCUCCUUAGGUUUUGGUCUGCACUAUCUGCCUACCCAAGCAGUCUUGAUUAGGCAACCAAUGACUGCUAGCUUAAAUCAUGUAAUUUUGAAACCCAAAAUCAAACCUAAUUGUCAGCUGUGGUGAAAAGGAAUCUAUGGAAUCUUACUGCUCGUUAGUCGUUGCAUUUACGGCUCGCAUGAUAUUGUUUUAUUCUGAAAAAAUGAAAUGACCAGACAUUGAUUAUAAGAAAAUGUUGAUUGCUUUCCGACAGAAUGUCUUUCUACAGUUUAUUUUGUGAUUAUUUACACAGGUUGAUUCAAAUUUUAUCAAU